UAAAGGCAUAUUAUUUAUAUCCAAUACCCAUAUAGUCGCUGCCUCUUUCUGUAAACCCUAAACCCUAAUUCUUCAUCACCCUCCUUCAUUGCGGCAGCAACUCUUUACUCUUCAGUGGAGUAAUUGAAAGAAGUCACAAGAAUGUUAGUGCUUUUUGAAACCCCAGCGGGUUUUGCCCUUUUCAAAGUACUCGAUGAAGGAAAGCUUUCCAAAGUCGAUGAUUUGUGGAAGGAGUUCUCAUCUGCCGACACAGCCAGACAGGUUGUAAAGCUAAAAGCUUUCUCGAAAUUCGAGAACACAUCUGAAGCGCUGUCAGCCGCAACCCUGUUGGUUGAAAGCAAGCCCAGCAAAGGUUUGCGUAAGUUCUUGCGUGCUCAUUGUGACGGUGAGUCGUUGGCUGUUGCUGACUCCAAGCUUGGAAAUGCUAUCAAGGAAAAACUGCAAAUAGACUGUGUUCACAACACAGCUGUCAUGGAGCUUAUGAGGGGAGUAAGAAGUCAAUUGACAGAACUCAUUACCGGUUUAGGUGCGCAAGAUCUAGCGCCGAUGAGCUUGGGUUUGUCUCAUAGUUUGUCUAGAUAUAAGCUUAAGUUCAGCCCAGAUAAGGUUGACACUAUGAUUAUUCAAGCUAUCGGGUUGUUAGAUGAUCUCGAUAAAGAGCUUAACACGUAUGCAAUGAGGGUUCGUGAAUGGUACGGUUGGCAUUUUCCCGAGCUUGCUAAGAUUGUUCAAGACAACAUUCUUUAUGCUAAAGCAGUUAAGCUCAUGGGUUACCGCACAAAUGCUGCAAAGCUUGAUUUUUCUGAGAUUUUAUCAGAAGAGAUUGAGACAGAACUAAAAGAGGCUGCUGUUGUUUCCAUGGGAACUGAAGUUAGCGAACUUGAUUUAGUGAAUAUUAAGGAUCUUUGCGACCAAGUGUUGUCGCUUUCUGAGUACAGAGCACAACUGUAUGAUUAUUUAAAAAGCAGGAUGAACACAAUUGCCCCGAAUCUCACUGCAAUUGUCGGGGAGCUUGUUGGUGCCCGUCUUAUUGCUCAUGGUGGUAGCUUGUUGAACCUUGCGAAACAGCCCGGGAGUACCGUUCAGAUUCUUGGUGCUGAAAAGGCUCUUUUCAGGGCUUUGAAGACAAAACAUGCAACCCCUAAAUACGGGCUUAUCUAUCAUGCAAGUUUAAUCGGUCAAGCGGCACCGAAACACAAAGGAAAGAUUUCUCGUUCUCUUGCUGCUAAAACUGCAUUAGCUAUUCGAUAUGAUGCUCUUGGAGAUAAUCAAGAUAAUUCUAUGGGAGUGGAGAACCGGCUAAAGCUUGAAGCAAGAUUAAGAAAUCUUGAAGGGCGGGAACUUGGGCGUUCUGCUGGAUCAACUAAAGGCAAACCGAAGAUUGAGGCUUACAACAAAGAUUUCAAGAAAGAUGGAGCAAUGAUCACCCCUGCAAAGACUUACAAUGCAGCAGCGGACUCUGUUCUUGGACGGAUAGAAGCAGAAGCAGAGGCUGAGAAAGACGUAGAGAUGGCACCAUCUGACGAGGGAAAGAAAGAUAAAAAGAAGAAGAAGAAGAAAACCGUUGCUGAUGAAGAAGAAGAAAAACCAGAAGAGGGUAAAAAGAUAGACAAAAAGAAAAAGAAACACGCAGCUGCUGAAGAAACUACCGAAGAGCAGCAGAAUGAAGAGGAGAAUGUUGAGAAGAAGAAGAAAAAGAAGAGAAAGCAUGCAGAAGCUGAUGAUGAAGAUGAAGCGGAAACUGAAAAACCGAAGAAGAAGAAAGACAAGAAAAAGAAGAAAACAGAAGAGUAAUCAAAAUGUAGGGUUUAGUUUUAAAUAUAAGAGUUGAAAAAUUUUGGGUAUGUUAUCACCCCUAUUGUGGCAGGGUUAAUUUUGGGAUUUCAGAAAGGUGCAAUUGGGAACAAGUGGACACAUUUUUCAUGUGUUUGUAGGAAGUGAAGUGCCUUUGGUUCUUAAUGUUGAUUUCUGUUUUAUGUUUUAUGGACAUAACUGGAUGUUCUUCGAUUCGAUAAUUAAAAUUUAAAUUAUGGUUUUUGGUUC